AUGUGUUCGAAUAUUCGUAACAGAGAUAAUGAUGAUUCAGUAUCUAAAACAAAGGCUGAUGAAGCAGCUUUGGAAUCCAAAGUGAAGCAAAAACCGACAUUCGAGCUGUCCGGGAAGCUGGCCGCGGAGACAAACCAGUAUAGAGGCGUAACGCUGUUGUUCACCGAGCCACCGGAUGCAAGAAAGCCCGAUAUAAUUUGGCGAUUAUACGAGUUCCGCGGCGGUGAAAUGUUGAAUGAUAAGCCCCUUUACCUAAACCGGGGAAGCUGUUAUCUUUUCGGAAGGGAAAGGAGGGUUGCUGAUAUACCUACUGAUCAUCCAUCUUGCAGCAAACAGCAUGCUGUUAUCCAAUUUAGGCAAGUUGAAAACGGAAAUAAUGGUACUUUAUCUAAGAAGACGGUGAGGCCUUACAUUAUGGAUAUUGGGAGCACUAACGGGACUUUCAUCAACGGCGAUCGGAUUGAGCCUCAGAGAUAUUAUGAACUCAUGGAGAAAGAUACGUUGAAGUUUGGUAAUAGCAGCAGAGAGUAUGUACUACUACACGACAACUCAGCUGGUAGAUGA